AUGUUAGUAACUUUCAGAUCAGGUCCCGCUGGGGGCAAACCCAAUCUGGCCCAAGUCCCCACAGUCAGAAGCACACCUGAGGGCCGGGCCGGGCGUCUCCGUUCCGCUUUCCUUAACCCGGCACAUCUCAUCCGCUCCAUCAACGACCCCGAGCACCCCCUCACCCUGGAGGAGCUGAACGUCGUGGAGCAGGUGCGGGUGAAGGUGGAUGACGCGGAAAGCACGGUGGCCGUGGCGUUCACCCCCACCAUUCCCCACUGCAGCAUGGCCACCCUCAUCGGCCUCUCCAUCAAGGUGAAACUCAUCCGGUCGCUGCCCGAGAGGUUUAAGCUGGAUGUUCACAUAACACCAGGAACGCAUGCCUCUGAGCACGCAGUUAAUAAACAGCUUGCUGAUAAAGAACGCGUAGCAGCUGCUUUGGAAAACUCUCACUUACUGGAAGUGGUGAAUCAGUGUUUGUCUGCUCGAUCAUAA